AUGUCAGGUUUUGUGAGGAGUACACUGGAGAAUAUCGGCGAGGGGAUCCUACAGGACAAAGCGACAGAGUUCGCAGGGACACACUUCCAACCGACGCGGGACCCCUUCUACGAGAAGUUACCCAGUGGGAAACGUGUUCGUAGAAGGCUCCCCGACAACCUGUUCACCAAAGCUGACCGACGUGCUUGGAAAUCAUUGCAGAACCGUGCCUGGCUACACGACCGGUCCCUGUGCGGUUGCUGUUGCUGGACGGAGACCAUUGGAUGGGCACCGUUGCUUGCGUUGUUACCACUUGUAGGGCCCGUGCUCAUGUAUGCUGUACACAAACGACUAAUCAAUGAGGCGGACCGUAAAUUCAGACUCGAUGAGGAGUUGAAAUUGAAGAUGCACGCGAACAUCGGUGUUGAUCUGACCAUUUCGCUCGUUCCUGUGUUGGGGGCCCUGUUUGCCUGGCUACAUGCCGCGUCGACACGGAACGCAGCACUGGUGUACAACUUCGUUUCGAAGCGUGCCCUACAGCAACAACAACAACAGCAGCAGCAGUGGCGACCUCCAAGUAGAGACGACGAGAGUGUACCGAUGCGGGGCCCGCCGCCGUCUGCACCGCCCGCAGCGCGCGUCCGCUCACGAGCACCACCCGUCCAUCAACGUCCGUACCCUCUGUGA